AUGGCUGACGAGACGACAUGGCGGGGAUUGCUCACGGGAACCGGCAACGACGAGGCGGCCAACGAGCAGUCGUCAUGCAGGCCGGGUUUGCCCUGCACGGUUGGGCAGCCUCACUUCCAGCACCAACCCUGUGCCCUGCCCCGUGCGCAUAGUGUAUGUGCGUACAUAAUAGUACUUACUUGUAUAUGCAGCCUCGCUCUCUCGCCAAGCUGCGGGACGGCACGCCGUCGAGAAAGGCCAAGUGGUCCACGAGCCACCGGGGAUGCGCUCGUCAGCCCACUGGAUUGGCGGGUUGAUGAGUUUUGA